AUGCAACGUACAUCAUUUGAAGUCUCUAUUGACCCAUCCCGAACCGAUGCGUUUGUAAGGGUAUCGGCUAAUUACAUUAACAGUAAUUUAAUUCCUUAUUUUGGUGGUAAUUUACCCCCAGUAGUACCCCUCUGCCUUUCAGAUGGGAAAAAAAACGUUUAUGUUGGAUGUUUAACUCAUCAACCACAUAACCUUCAACCAUUUAAAUUGCUUAUUUCUAUUGCUUUAAGUGAAGAUAUUGGAUUACAAGAUGGUAAAUUUGUGCAGUGUAUUCCAGUAUAUAAUCCCAUAAGGGCAAGUAAAGUUUUGGUCUCACCUACCUCAGUAGAUGAUAGCGAGGUGGUUGAGCAAAAUGCUUCCCGUAUUGAAGGACAGCUUCUACGUCAAGUUCAGGUAGUAUACCCUGGAAUGACUCUUAGUGUUGCUGUUUUUUCAGGUGUUCAUGCAAAAGUAACCGUUCAGAAAAUUGAAGAUGAAAAUGGUCAAGAAAUUACGUCUAACUGUGCUGUUAUGUUUGAUGGAACCGAAUUUGUAAUAGCCACUAGAGCGAGACAAAUCAUUCAGAAUGAAACGCCAAAAUGGACUGUUUUACGAUCUAUAACACAUAAUUAUUAUGAAAAAAAGAUUUCUAAUGUAAAAAUGGAAGCUUUCUUUUACGUAAAUUCUGUAACAGCUAAACGGUAUAAUUGGAGUGAAGGAAAUAUUGUUGGUUUUUGGGAUCUUGCACGAAUGUCAAAACUUAUUGAAUCUAAACAACUUACUCCAUCUUUCUUCCGAUCAAACGCCUGGAAGGCACCUAUUCGUUUAACAGAAACAUUACCUGAUGGCGUCUGCUUAUGUAUGGUAUUUGAUCGUGCUACUAAUGUAGUUGUUUUUCCUAAUCCUGAUGAAGCUAUACCUAACAUAACAGAAAAAGAUACUACUCAUGGUGAUUUUAAUUUUUACCCUGAAAAUACAUUGAAGUAUGAAGAAAUUGUAAAAGUUCAUGAAGAUGCAUCAAGGGAACUUUUACAACAUUUGAAAAAUUGGUUUGGAAAUGGUAAUGGAUCUAAUUCUAACCACAAUUUCUAUGGAAAUAAUGGUAACAUAUUACUUUGUGGUGCAAAAGGAUAUGGUAAAACAGCUAUUCUUGGUGCAGUCUUAAAUCAGUUAUGUGAUGUUCAUGUUUGUUUUGUUCAGUGCUCUUCAAGUACUAAACUUUUAUCAUUACUACAAGAAGCAUUAAUUGAGUGUGUAAUGUGUGCCCCUUCUGUACUAGUCUUGGAUAAUUUUGAUGCUAUCGCACCUUUGCAAAAAGAAGGUUCUCUUUCUGCUAUUAGUGGUACGACGAAAUCUAUGUUAGAGGAGACACUUAGAUGUUUUACAGAAACACUUACACUUAGUGGUCGGAGUUCUGUAGUUGUUAUUGCAAAAUGUGGAAAUCGUGAAGAUGUUCACGAAUCUCUUCGUUCUGCAAGUUGUUUUCCUAAAGUAAUUAAAGUUGAGGCACUAAAUCGUAAAACACGUAUGGCUUUAUUACAACAAUUAUUUCCAAAUGAAUCUACAGAAAUGGUAGAAGAACUUGGUACUUUAAUGGAUAACUAUACACCCUUUGAUAUUAAGAAAGUCUCAGCACGUAUCAAAAGUUCUUUCAAGGAUGGAAAAAUUCCAUCUUUAACAUCAAUAAAAGAAACUAUAGCUUCUUUUACUCCAUUAUCUCAUACUGGAAUUACAUUUCUAAAAGGAGAAAAACAGUCAUUAAAUUCUAUUGGUGGACUUUCUGUGGCUAAGAAAGUCUUGUAUGAUACCUUGGUAUUACCAAUGAAAAAUCCUGCUCUAUUUUCUCGUUUACCAUUAAAAACUCGAAGUGGUGUUCUCCUUUAUGGACCCCCAGGUUGUGGUAAAACUUUUGUAGUAGAGUCUAUAGUAAAUGCUGAAGACUUACAUUGUAUCGUAGUUAAUGGUCCAGAGAUUUUUGGAAAAUACAUUGGUCAAAGUGAACAGAAAAUUCGUGAUAUUUUCGAAAGAGCUCAAGCAGCUGCACCAUGUGUCAUUUUCUUUGAUGAAUUUGACUCUGUUGCACCUCAACGUGGAGUAGAUAAUUCAGGAGUUACUGAUCGAGUUGUAAAUCAGUUACUUUGUUAUCUUGAUGGAGUAGAAGGAAGAAAAGAUGUUUAUGUGGUGGCCGCUUCUAGUCGACCUGAUUUAAUUGAUGCAGCUUUACUUCGACCAGGUAGAUUAGAUAAACUCGUACAAUGUCCUCUUCCUUCACUGGAGGAAAGAUUGGAAAUAUUAAAUAAUUCUUUUAAAAAAACUUCAGCGAACUUAACCCAAGACGAAAUUGAAACUAUUGCGAAAGAAACUGAGAAUUGGACCCCAGCUGAUUUAGUCGGUUUGGUGUCUUCAGCUAAUUUAUUUGUGACUCGUCGUGUAAUUGAUAAACUCUCUUUGGGAGAAACAAUGGAAGUGUCAUCCGAAGCUAAUUUUGCUCUGGCAAAUAUUGGUAGUGGAACUACACGAGAGAAAAUUGAGGAUUCACUGAAAACGUUACUUGGUAUUACGAAACAGAAACAAAAUAUUGAUGUUGUCACACAGAUUGUAAUGGGAGAUGUAAGAAGCGCUAUGGAAUUAGCUCGUCCCUCUCUUUCUCAAAAGGAGAUUUUAAAAUACGAAAGAAUUCAUCAUCUCUUUAGUGGAGAAAAUAAAGGGGAGAAGAGAACGGAGAUGGGGAAAAAGCUAGUUUUCCAGUAA